AUUUAUUUGUCGUCUGAAUACUUGUGGUUUGAUAGAAAUAUUUGUGUUGCGGUCUUGCAGAGGUUGUCAUAAACUGUGUUUAAGCACUUACGUGAAAAUGGAGGAAUCUGAGAAAAGAAGAGAAAGGCUAAACGCAAUGCGAACAGAAGCUGCCCAAACACGAGAAACGACCCACCCUCACAAUUCAUUAGGUGGCCUUUCCAACCCUUUAAUUGAAAGUGAAUCUGCAUCUACGGCUCCCCUUCACCAUACUUCUCAAAGAUUUGAUUUUUACACGGACCCCAUGGCAGCAUUUUCCGGAAGCAAAAGGAGGAACAACAUCUCCCCUCAGUUCCCGCAAACACGUUACAACACACCCCCUCAGAGACCUCUUUAUGAAGGUAUGUUACCACCGCCGCCGGUUUAUCAGAAUACACAUGUCAACGCUCCAGGUCAGAGAAUAUUGCCUGUACCGGAACCCUAUUUCAAUCAGGGCUCGCCGCCCCAUUUCAAUCAGGGCCCGCCGCCACAUUUCAAUCAGGGCCCGCCACCCCAUUUUAAUCAAGGCCCCCAUUUCAAUCAAAGCCCGCGACCCAAUUUCUAUCAGAGCCCGCAACCCCAUUCCAAUCAAAGCCCGCGACCCCAUUUCAAUCAGAGCCCGCGACCCAAUUUCAAUCAAAAUCACGUUAACUAUGCCACUCCACCCAAUUUCCCUCGAGGUGGUAAUAAUUUCACCAGCCCUAGUUUCCGACAGGGGGAUUCUUCCCAUACUAAUUACGGUCGAGGCAGAGGUGAGUACAAUAGUAAUUCCCACAACAAUUCUGGAAGAGGAGGCAGAGGUCGAUCACAAGGCAAUAGAGGGGCAGGUUCGCACAAUUCAGUCUCGGCAGAUCAACGGCCGGAUUUGUAUUACAGAAAAGAAAUGGUGGAAGAUCCAUGGAAGAUGUUGACACCUGUUAUUUGGAAGGGAGUUGAUGCCCUCGGUUCUGAUCAAUCAUGGCUUCCAAAAUCCAUAGCGGUGAAGAGAGCUAAAGUUUCUCCAGAAGCUGCAAAAACGUCGAUUUCUCAGCAGAGCCUUGCUGAGUAUCUUGCUGCCUCUUUCAACGACUCGACCGAUGAAGCUGUUGAUGAGCAGCCAGAUUUGUGAAGGAUAAAGUGAGGCUCUCUCUCAUUCUCUCUCUAUCUCCCCGAAUUAUAAUAUGUGUGUAUGUAUAAUAGGAGAGACCCAUGACAAAAACUUUAACUUUUAGCAGGAUGAGAAAUUAGCUUUUGGAAAAAAUGAUAUAUAAAAAUAGAAUGAGGAGAUUUAUUGAUCAGGUAGAGGUUUAUUACAUGUUUCAUGUAAUGAUUUUGUAGGGGUACCUUUGAUUCUUGGGCAGCUGUUCUAUGUUUCUUAUUUACAGUAUAUGUACUCUGAAUCAAUCUGUAUCGUAUUUCUCUUCAUGCUCAGAAUUGCAUGUAAUAACAAUUUGUGCCUGAUAGAAUGUUGCAAUUUUCG